AGAGGAAGCAGCUGGUGAUGCUGGAACAAACAUGGCCGCCCCGGAGCCCGUCGGCCCCUCGGGCUCCAGCUGUCCUCGGCGGGUCGCGGGCUUCUGGUUUCUUUCGCUACUAGGACUGCUGCAGCUACUGGCGGAGCCCGGCCUGGGCCGCGUUCACCACCUGGCGCUCAAGGACGACGUGAGGCACAGGGUCCACCUGAACACCUUCGGGUUCUUCAAGGACGGGUACAUGACAGUCAAUGUCAGCAGCCUUUCAGUGAGGGAGCCCGAAGGAGCCACUGACAAGGAUGUCACUAUCGGAUUCAGCCUGGACCGCACAAAGAGUGAUGGAUUUUCUUCCUAUAUGGAUGAAGAUGUGGACUACUGUAUUUUAAAGAAACAGUCCGUCUCUGUCCCCCUUCUAAUCCUAAACAUCUCCAGAAGUGAGGUGAAAUUAAAAUCUCCACCAGAAGCUGGGACCCAGUUACCGAGGAUCAUCUUCGGCAAGGAUGAGAGAGCCCUUGGCCAGAGCCAGGAGGCUGGCGCGAGCCCCGUGUUGGCAGAAGGAGGGACUGAGAAAAAGCAAGAGGAUGGAAGGUCUAAAAGAAGCACAGAGAAUUCAAAGGUGAUGGAAGAGAAAUCUUUUUCUGUUCUUAAUAAAGAUGGGGCAGUUUCAUUUCAGUUUUCCUUUAACAUCAGCACCAAUGACCAAGAGGGCCUCUACAGUCUUUAUUUCCAUAAAUGCCCUGGGCUUAAAACACAGCCUAAUGACAAGUUUUCAUUCAGCCUUGAUAUUGAGAUCAUAGAGAAGAAUCCUGACAGCUACCUCUCAGCCGGAGAAAUUCCUCUCCCUAAAUUAUACAUUUCUAUGGCCUUUUUCUUUUUCCUUUCUGGGACCAUCUGGAUCCACAUCCUUCGAAAACGACGGAACGAUGUAUUUAAAAUUCACUGGUUGAUGGCGGCCCUUCCUUUCACCAAGUCUCUUUCUUUGGUGUUCCACGCAAUCGACUACCACUACAUCUCCACCCAGGGCUUUCCCAUCGAGGGCUGGGCUGUGGUGUACUACAUCACCCACCUUUUGAAAGGGGCCCUGCUGUUCAUCACCAUCGCGCUCAUUGGCACCGGCUGGGCUUUCAUUAAGCACAUCCUCUCUGAUAAAGACAAAAAGAUCUUCAUGAUUGUCAUCCCACUCCAGGUCCUUGCCAACGUGGCCUACAUCAUCAUCGAGUCCACUGAGGAGGGGACAACUGAGUACAGCCUGUGGAAGGACUCUCUGUUCCUGGUCGACCUGCUGUGCUGCGGGGCCAUCCUCUUCCCAGUGGUGUGGUCAAUCAGACAUUUACAAGAAGCAUCUGCAACAGAUGGAAAAGCUGCCAUUAACUUAGCAAAGCUGAAACUUUUCAGACAUUACUACGUCUUGAUUGUAUGUUACAUAUACUUCACCAGGAUCAUUGCGUUUUUCCUCAAAUUUGCUGUUCCAUUCCAGUGGAAGUGGCUCUACCAGCUCCUGGAUGAAACGGCCACGCUGGUGUUCUUUGUCCUCACCGGGUAUAAGUUCCGCCCGGCGUCAGAUAACCCCUACCUGCAGCUUUCUCAGGAAGAUGACGACCUGGAAAUGGAAUCUGUCGUGACGACAUCAGGGGUGAUGGAGAAUAUGAAGAAAGUCAAGAAGGUGACCAACGGCUCGGUGGAGUCCCAGGGCGACUGGGAAGGCACCGCGUGAUGGAGCGCCCGUGAGGCCGGCCCGUCAAAGACGAUGUGUAAUUUAUUGCGAGUGCUAUUGGCGAACGAGGGCAGACAGCCCCUCCCGACGGCGACACCACAGCCACAUGGCUGGGGGCAAAGUGCCAGGGAGCCUGACUUUUUACUCACUCUCUGCAGAACCUGGUUCUGCGGCUGGUCAUAGGCAGCUGGGAUUCUCCUUCAGGUGGGACAGCGGAGAGGGAGUGUAGCCUGGAGGAGAAUAAAAGGAAGACUUUGUUUUGAUUUUUUAUAUAUAUAUAUACAUAUAUAUAUAUAUUUUUAAAUUGGGAGCUCUUAGGGUAUAUGCAGUGUGACCCGUCCCCCCUGCCCGCCUCAGGAAAGGAGGGGCGGUGGGUGCGGAGGAAGGCAGGGUCUGUGUCUGCCUGGCACUGCGCGGGGCUUACAGAGGCGCAGAAGGGAGAGGAUCAUUGCAGCUUUGGGGGACAAAAAUGACUAUAACUAGGUUAUUUUAGAAAGCAAAUUCAAAACCCGAUGUGGUAUUUGAGCCUGCCCCAGGACUCCUGUCCCUAAAUGUGGCCUCAGACCUUUGUCCCAGAUUCUGAAAGGCACCAGGAACCAGCAGCUCUAGGACCCGGUGGUCUUCUUUCAAAAAGGGCCUUGUGUCUGAGGGCUGCCCUGUCCCUGGCAGGGUCCCUGGCAGCCCUUCCCUCCUGGUGGAAGGUGGCGGCCUUGACUGAAGGGUACUCAGCGUUGCCUAAAGAAUGGACAGAAAUAUAUUUUUAGCUCAAAAAGCAUCCUGUAGUGUUCCCUUGCACAUCCCGGGGCAGCGCCGCCUCUCGUUUGCCUCUCUCCUUGUGGCUUGUGUCAGCUUCGUGUGGCCAGAGUGUGCGGGGAAAUGGGAAGGUGCUUUCCUUCCGGAGCAGCUGGGGCCAGAAAAGUAGCGCAGGGGCAACUCCUCCUCCUCAUGAAGCUUGUCCUGUGCGCCAGAGAGGGCCUCUGAACAGGAAGCAAGCAGAGGCUGUCCCUGCCUGUACCCAGCGGUGCGGGUGUGAGGAAGGUGGGUGUGAUCGGAGCUCCCCUUGGGAUGGGGUGAAGCCUCUCGUGGGAACUGCGAAGGUCCACGCUCCCCGGGCUUGGGGCUGAGUACGGGGAGCGGCCAGCGGGGAGCAGCGCCACAGUGCAGUCGGCCGCAGGGUCAGCUCAGAAGGUGCUGUGACCGAGGGCACGGCGGGGGGGCUUUGUGAUCGCUCCCCACGGGGAUUGGUUGCCCGGGCCUGAGACACGAGACCCAAACGUGGCCACGUCGGGGGAGCUCCCUAAUGCUCGGGGUGCCAGCUGCUCGGGCCCUUGCAGGGCCCCGCUGUGUCGGGCCUCCUGGGGGUGGACAGUAACAGUCUCCAGCGGUAGCUUUCUCAUCUCCAGCUCAGAAGGGUCGGUCAGAAACCACAAGAUUUGGAGGUGGGGGUCCAUAUCCCAGAUUUGGGAACCUGGUCUUUUCUCAGAAACAGUUCUUCUCCCGCUCCUGUGCCAUUCUCAUGGCCGCGCCGACGUGUGAGGAAGUGAGGGUACCUUCUGAGCCCUUAGCUUGGAGCUCUGUGGCCUGGCCUGCUAUCCGGCCUUCACAGAGGCCUGGUCCCGGCAUCGCAUGCUGUAGCAGCAGCGUUUUCCCAGUGUUCCAGGGAGGGGUGACGUGUCUUCCCAUCUUCGGGACCAGGGAAAUGCACCCUCAGUAUUAAUUUAAGGGACCUUCUUUUUCUCUUUUUGAACUUUGAGCUAUGUGGCAGGGGAAGGGAGUUGCAGAGAGGAUAGGAAUCUUUUUAAAGCUUGAUUUUCCUGUGUCCAAGCAACCCCAGCGCUGCAGGAACGUGUCUCAGGCUGUGCUAUGGCCAGACGCCCCCCCACCCCUUUUGGGUGCUUCCCUCAGACGUUCGCUGUUUGUCCUGCAAGCACACGUUCUUGACUCGGCCGGAGAUUUCUUGGCAAGAACCAGGGUGACAAAACCUCCCAGAAAGGGUCUCCACGGGGGUGUCCUCACUUCCCGUGCCGGGAGUGCGGCCGCCAGUGCGUGAAGGGGCGAGGGAAGACAAGGCCCUGUGCGCGGCGAGCCCGCACUCCUCCCGCCUGCGCCCCUCGCCGCUGCCGGCCCCUCCGUGGGAUGGGACGUGCUUUCAGCCCCACACCUGCCUCUAGGAGCCCCUGGGCUCUCCCGUAACACCUGAGUGGCCGCACCUUCACAGGCCUGAGCCCUCUGGGCCAGAGGACACAGACGGGCGUGGCAGUGGUUUUGGAAACAGGCUGGCCACGGCCUUCCCCCCCCGUAUCGUGCGUGUGACGUGGGAGGUCUGAAAUCAGGCCAAUGAUCAGGAAAAACCAAAACCCAGCCUGUGGUUGGAAAGAUAGGUGGUAGUUGAGUUUUUACAAAAUUACUUAAGCCCUCUGCCCUGUUCCGUAAAAAUUUCUUCUCUUUCUCUAUCACUUCAUAGUCGUGACCAGCACUGAGCUCUGCUCUUGAGUCAAGAUGACAGACAGGGGUCCAAAGCGCAGUAGCCCCACCUGCUCCCAGCCGCUGUCUGCAGCCCCAGGUUCUGUUCCCACGGGCCUGGUGAGUGGCAGUGUUCAAACAGUUAAGCUCUUCCGGUAUCUCAGGCUGGGCAGGAAGGAUGGGUGCAUGCACAUCAUAGAGCCCUCGGUAUUUAUAGCUUCACUUUGCGCUCCGACUCCCUGUUCCUGCCCACGCAGAGUAUCCAGGCUUCCUUUGAGAAAUCUGCCACGGACUGGAAGCGCUGCCGGCUGUGGGAUUUCAGGAAGUGAAGGCUUUGUUUUCCUUUAAUAAAGCAUGUGUCUUUUGUAGGAAAUUACUUCUUGGACCACAAGAACAACCAUUGAUCUCUUAAUCCUGGCUCUUAGCAGCGGCCAGAGACUCUGUCAGCCUUGCUCUCGCCCCGCCCCCCUGCCCCGGGCUCUAAAAUGUUCAUACAUUUUAGUACAUGCAUUUCACACUGCUGAGCGCGAUGCCGGUGAGCUGGAAGCCUGUUCUGCCGGGAGGAGAAGCUCGUUCCAGUGCAGAGGGUGGUUUCCCAGAUCAUAGCCUUAGUCGGUUCGGUUUUCUUUCAAGAAACCACUUUAGAGUGAAACUUCCAGGCCCACCCCCACCCCGGACGUGUCCAGCAGCCAAGGCAGCACUCAGUCUCAUCGUAAGUGCACUUCACGUGACUGUCACGACAGGAGUCCCACCUCGCGUCACGGGAUCUCUGCGCGCUCGUCCCACGACCUGCCCUCCUCCUUCACCCCCACCCCCCACCGCUCUCCUCUAUUGAUUCCACAUAGGCUGAGCCUUGGGAAUGCGGGCUAAAGGCUUUGGUGCAUUGCAGCAUUUUCCGCGGCAGCUCUGCGGAGGAUGCAUUUUCUAAGCUAAGGAGAACUUUACCAAGAGGGUGCAUAGUAACGCGUCUGUCAUUGCUUUGGACCAUGUAGGGUAUUUUCCCCUGUGUUAAAAUGUAUGUCCUGUUUUGGUACUUAAAGCGUCUACUACAAGGAGCCAGUCCUUACAGACCAAGGUAGAGUGUAGCAGAGACCGAUUUUAAUGGCAGGUGGCAUCUGGCCAUUUCCCCCACCCCGACGCAUGUUGUUCGAGGAAGGCCAGAGGCCAUCAGACGGCCUGAGGAGGUGGCUGGCUCUGCGCCCCACACCCCACACCCUGCAGCCCAGCAGAGCCCGUCACGCCGCCUGGCUGCCGAACUUUGAAGGCAGCCGACCGUAGCCCCCCUCCACCCCUCCCACGCCUCCCACGCCUCCCCUUGCUGUUCUCUGGCCCAGCCUGGCCUUUUAGCGGGGUCAGAAUAGGCAGAGUCCAGGGGCCCUGUGGCCCACUCCUUUUCCCCCUUUAGGACUCACUGAAUGAAUGGUGUCCCCGCUAAAGAAGUUAGACUCUGACUCGAUACCUCUUGUAUCAUCUGGAACACACCACAUGUUCUCAGACCUGCUCUGUACUCCGUUUUCUCGAGGGUGUUUAAGCGGGAAGCCUUUAAAGGAGGCCCACCUGCGUCGAAGCUAAUGCUUGUCGCCACCUGGAAUGUAGUUAGUGAUCGGUGAGCCGACACCCUCCGGAUUCCCAGGGGCCUCUCCUAGCCCGACGCUGCAUCUGUGUCAUCUGCACAGAUCACGCUUGAAACAGAGAUAAGGUUUUCAGUGGCUCGCUGCUGGCACGCGGGACAUGCGUAGCCCCUCAGGCACGGUGAAAAAGUGCACUGAGUCAGGGACAAGAGGUGCCAGAGCAAGGACUGGGUCGGGUUACAUCAGGGACCUGCUGGGAUCCUGGUGUCAGGAAGUCUGCAGCCAGGCCCUUUGGGAAGGGGGAGUUCUUGACAAAGUCAGUAAAUAUCAAAGUGAAACAGAAAAGCUAACCCACUCCCAAGACUGUAAGCUGCUUUUUGAGGCAAGGUGUGAGGUUUGUAGUGGGGGCUGAAUCAGACACGGGGCUGGGGGGCCAGCUUUUUUAACGUUUAAGGUACUUAUAAACCAAAGGAUCCAGAAGUCCUGUUCUCACAGAGGGGUUUCUUGACGCCUGGGAGCAUCUGUGACCAUAAAUUGGAUUUGCCUAGUCGUACGACCACCAAAGAAGUCAGACACAUCAAUCCAGAAACAAGUCAACAUUUGGGGGAGGAAAUGUCUGUACAUAUCAUUUGCUUUCCAGGUUAUUUUGGGGUGCAGGAGUUUUCAGUAUUGUUUUUACACUGAUGACCAUUGAAGAGCAUUUAUGUAAACAUAACGGGGUGGGGGGGGCUUCUGAUCAGGGUGAUGUUUGGGAUGGGUUCUCUCGCUGUGAUGCAAACUGUAAAAUAAAGAUUCUGUGACGGAAACGUAUGUUAUCUCGGGAGUCACUGACUCCCGGCUGCCGUCUCCUCCACC